AUGUGGCUUGCAAGUAUCAUCACCCUUGUCUUGAGUACAGGUCUGGGCGUAAAACCCCAUGCCGUAGCCAACACAAAAAACGCCACUUAUACCAACCCCAUUCUCCCCGGAUUCUUCCCUGAUCCGAGUUGUAUAUUCGUACCAGAGUUGAGCAACACAUUUAUCUGCGCCUCGUCAAGCUUCCUCGCCUUUCCUGGCAUUCCGUUACACGCCAGCAAAGACCUCAUUCACUGGAAACUGAUCAGCCAUGUUUUCAUUCGCCGCGAACAGUAUCCAAGCUUUGGGAAUAUCUCGAACAACCAAUUUGGAGUUUAUGCUCCAACUAUCCGAUUCCACGAAAACACGUUCUACAUCUCGGUGACGAUGUUUGGAAGCUCUGAAUACCCUUACCUUGAGAAUUUGGUUUUCAAUGCCAGUGAUCCUUUCGAUGAUCGCAGUUGGGGCAUACCGAUCAGUACUCAAGGUCAAGCUUACGAUACCUCUUUAUUCUGGGAGGACGAUGGGACAAUUUACGAUCAAGGUGCUGCUGGUCUGGGCAUUGUCCAAUGGAAGGUCGACCUCCAAUCAGUGUGGUCAGCGACGGAAGGUGGAUCUGGUGAUGCUGAGGGUACUGCUGCGACCAAGCAUCAUGAGUCGAUUGCUAGAUCGAGGAACAUCACUGGCCCCUAUGAGUCCAAACCAGCGAACCCUGUCCUGUCGAAUGUGAACACCACGCAAUACUUCACUGGUACCGGUCAUGUUGAUCUCUUCAAGGAUGCUCAAGGCAAUUGGUGGGGAGUUGCUCUUGCUACACGAGGUGGUCCCAAAUCAGCUGCUUAUCCCAUGGGACGUGAGACUGUCUUAUUUCCAGUAUCAUGGGAGGCUGGAGAGUGGCCUGUCUUUGACCAAGUAAGGGGUAUCAUGUCAGGCCCUCUUCCUCCGAUCGAUCUUGAAAUUAAUGCUCACGGCCGGUUCAUAGGAGGCCCGGACAUCGUCGAGUUUGGUCCGGGAUCUGACAUCCCAAUACACUUCACCUACUGGCGGUUCCCGAUCUCUGGCGCUUACACAGUCUCGCCAGCCAAACAUCCGCACACACUGCGCCUCGUACCUUCGGCAUUGAACCUGACAGGAAGUCCCAAUCAUGUACUGUCAGAUGGCCAAACGUUCAUCUCCCGAAGACAGACUGAUACUCUAUUCACAUAUUCAGUUGACAUCAACUUCCCCGCCGCUGUUGAGAACGAAGAAGUCGGCAUCUCUGUAUUCCUGACGCAAGAUCAACAUCUCGAUCUCGGCCUGACGAAACUCAACAACGGAACAUACCUACGCUUCAGAGGUCGUAGCAGCAAAGAAAUCCCACCAGCAGAAAUAUUACACCGAGUAGACUCCACCUGGCUUGCGGAAAAAGUGCGUUUCCAGAUUGAUGCUUUCAAUGCUACACACUAUCGUUUCCUCGCAGGCAAGGUGGAGGAAGAUGUUGAUAGAGUUCCGCUGAGAGAGAUAGCUGUCGCACCUGCCUCGCUGGUCAGUGGAGGGUAUACUGGUACAUUGGUGGGUGUCUACGCUACUACUAAUGGUGGGAAUGGUAGUACUCCUGCUUAUGUCAGUCGUUGGAGAUAUCGUCCUCGAGGACAGGCUGUUGAUUAUGAUACGUGGGUUUAUCCGGACGAGUAUUGUUGA